GAACUUGGAUUGGUCAUUUCUGGAACUUUGCCUGUCUUCAACUUAACCAAAGAUCAAAAUAAUGUUCAGAACCAGUUGAUUCUUGGUGUAAUGGGAGUCGAUGUAUCUCUAGAAGAAAUUAAGAAACUGACCCCUCGGUUCACCCUGUGUCCCAACGGUUAUUAUUUUGCAAUUGAUCCCAAUGGUUAUGUGCUGCUUCAUCCCAACCUUCAACCAAAGCACAUUGGUGUGGGCAUCCCCAAAGUUAAACAAAGGAGACCCUAUGUCCAGAAUCCCAAAUCUCAGGAACCCGUGACUCUGGAUUUUCUGGAUGCUGAGUUGGAGAAUGAUAUCAAAGUCGAGAUUCGGAAAAAGAUGAUUGACAGUGAGAGUGGCGACCGGACCUUUCAAACACUAGUCAAAUCUCAAGAUGAGCGCUAUAUUGACAGAGGCAACAGAACGUACACGUGGACCAAGGUGAAUGGUACUGAUUACAGUUUGGCUCUGGUGUUACCAUCCUACAGCUUUUACUAUAUUAAAGCCAAGAUUAAUGAAACCUUAACUCAGGCAAAAU